UUGUUUUCAAGUUCGCGAUUAAAAUAAUUCAUUAAUUUGUGCUUAAUUCAGUAGUUUCUAGAGAUGGCAAACGAAGAAGUGUUUGACGAUGACUUUUAUCAAGAAGAUUUUUCAACAGCCUCAGAAUUUGAGGCUUUUAUAAGUCGUUUAGGUGAUAUUUUUGAAACAUAUGAAGUUGUGGAUGAAGAGGCAUUAAGUUCUAAUGAGUUGUCACUCUGUGAAUGGACUGAAGAAACUGAAGACAUUAUGUUUAACGAUUUUAACUUGUCAGUAAUAAGAUACAAAGCCAAAAUAAAGCCACGAGAGACGGAAUCAUCAAAGGCUAUCAAUCAAGUAUUUCAGGAUUUAACUAGUCAGGAAAAUGAUUACAGCUUGCUGGAUAUGAACUAUCUGAAGCAUGAUUAUGAAGUGUUAAAUGCCCCAAAGUCUCCUAACAUUCAUCCAGUUGCUGUAUUUUAUGGAUUACGUGAUUUUGUGGUGCUUAAAAGUAAACGAAAACCAUUGAUGGAUAUAAGCCAAAUGAAAUUGCUACAAAGCUCUUUAAGCUUAGCUAUAAACGAAAGCAAAUGCAAGAUUCCAGCUUUUAUUCAAGUUUUAUAUCAUGAACAGGAUGUGUUUUUAGGAAUUUAUGAUGCAGGAGAACAGAGAUUGUCAUUUGAUAUUGCUCACCUAAAAACAGCACCUCCGUCAUGCAAAUAUCUUUCUGGUCUUCUUGACAUGUUUAAAGGAAAAAUUGGUGUAAAUUAUAUUAAUCCCGUAAUGGUUAGUGUCUGUCUAACAUACAGUUUAAAGAACUUUUUAUCAGCAACUUAUUCGAGUGACAAGAAGAAUGAAAAUGAUGAUUGGGAUGUUGUGGAUUUUAUCAAUGUCAUUUCAUCUCUACCAUUUGGAGUUUCAGCAGAUCCAGUCAAUGAAUUAAUUCUUUAUACUAAGUGGCCCCAAGUCAGCGAAAAUGUUGUCUUUGACUCCCAAACUUAUUCUGAUUUUAAUCCAAUCAAUGCACAGAAAUGGAGUAUUCGUACACGAUUUGAUUAUUCGCCAGUCUGUUAUCUCGCUGACAUGCUUCAUGAAUAUCUAACAUUAACAGAAUCACCAGAAGCUCUCUCAGAAUAUUAUAACUUUUUAAGUUCAAAAGCUCGAAUUAGUGAGGCACAAAAUCCAUUCUCUGCUUUAACUGAUUCAAGAAUCCCUGGAUUUUCGGGAAUGUCAUUGCUUGAUGGAUCUUAUACGAUUGACGGACCCCUUAAUGAACAUCAACUUGGUAAAAUGUUUCAAUAUUUGCUGCCAGACGAGGAUGAUGAGAAGAAGUUUGCAUACGGAGAUCUAAAGGACGAACCUUUCAAUCCACAAAAAAUAAAAUCAGCCAUACCAGAUUCAUUAGUUCAUCGUCUAUCAAUUUUGUUGGCAAAUAUUUACACAUCAUACAGUGGUCGUCGCGGUGUAGCACAAUUUUGGGCUGAAUUUUCCCAAAAAAUGCGCGAGCGUGUUGACAAAUGUAUGCGGAUUCCUGGCGUGGCAAAUGGAUUUCCAGACAUGCGAAGUUGUUUGCUCCAUCAGAAGCUUCAAAUGCUUAAUAUUUGCAUGGAGCGUCGAAAUAUCCGUGAAGGAAAAUUACCGUUUGCAAUGCAAUUAUUAGCUCAACAGCAUGAAGGCCCAUCAAGCUUAGGCAAGACAGAUUCAGAUGAUGAAUUCUUCGACUGCGAUGAUGAUCGUGUUGUGGAUGAAGAAGAACAUGCACAUCAAUCUCCAUGGAAUCCAGUCGGACGCAUAUCAAAACUCGGCAAAAUGCUACUUAUCGACUCCGAUGAACCGCUUUAUAUUCCCGUCACGCAAGAUCCAGUGCCAAAGACCGAAGAUGAACUUGAGGAUGAUGCUGAGAUGUUACUCAAUGUCACAGACAGCGGUUUGAGGGCACAAUUGAUGAGUGCCUCAUUAUUAUCUGACAUGGAAAGUUUUAAGGCUGCAAAUCCAAUUGGAAAACUUGAGGAUUUUAUUCGUUGGUAUAGUCCACGUGAUUGGAUUGAGGAAGAUACAGAUGAACGUGAUCCAUUUGGUAGGAAAGGACAUUUGAGUGAUCGAAUGAUGAUACCGGGUAAUACAUGGCAAACAGUUUGGCAAACAGCAAAGCCAGUUCCAGCUCGUCGUCAAAAGAGAUUAUUUGACGAUACAAAAGAGGCAGAAAAAGUUUUGCAUUUCCUUGAGUCACAAACUUUAGGAAGCAUUGGGCAAUUAACAGUCGCUCCACUCUUCCACACCUCAUUGAUUAAAAUACAAAAAGAAUCUGAAAAUGUCAAGGAUUUCAUUCCAAACUAUAAGGAGAUGGAGGAUAAAUUAAAACAAAAUUGCUGCACACUGUCACGUGAAAAAUGGAAUACAUCCAAGGGUAUGUCAAAGAAGAAGUGGGAAAUGGUUAUAAAUGACACUUCAGAAAUGGAAUUAUCAAUCAAUCAAGCGAGAAGUAUUUUAAAGAAACUAUAUCCUGACAAAACCGAUUUCAAUGAUGAUGAUAAAAAAUUGCUCAAUUCAUUAAUGAAAUGUUACGACACAGAGCUCGGCGAGGGGGCAAAGAAUGACAUUGGCGUACGCGUGAUGUACAUGUUUAAUUUGGCAAGAGCUACACAAAAUGAGCAACGUGUUGAAGAUCAUUCAUGGACACUGCCUGAUCCCAUCGAGAAGCAAUUUACACUUCGAUUAUCUGGUAAUACUGUGAAUCAGGGAAUGGGCGGACCGCAAUUUUUACGAGCAAUUUUAUCAUCAAAUGAAUUUCGAUUGUGCGGCGCAUUCAGCCAGAAUACCACAUUCACAUAUUCCACGUAAACCGCUUUUAUUUAAUGCACAAUAUGCUUUUAUAUUUUUAUUCAUUUUGCAUUCAAUUUGAUAGACAGUUUUGAUAGCAAAUGAUUAAUUAAACGAUAUUGAUCGUGUAUGAAGCUUGACAUUAAUGAAUUUUUAUAAGAAAAUAAAUAAUAAUGGACAUGAUAAUUAUGAAUAUGAUAUGAAAUUAAAUGAAAACUUACAAUGCAGAAUCAUGUAAGCGGAGUAAGUUAAAAAUUGAUUAAGUGACUUGCAAAUAAAUAUGCAAAGUAAGUGUUUGAGCACAUUUUUAGCAGUUGAUUAUCAGCAUUUUAUGUUUUUGGAGUGGUUGAUUCAGAGGUGGAAUAGAGUUGAUGAAGUUUGGUUGCUUACUGAUUAAACGAUUGUUUAGACUAUUGGAACUUGAUGUAUUUUAAAUCAUACAUUCUAGAAAUGAGGCUAUCGUUCUGUCUCCAAAUAAUUGCUGUAGAGAGCAGUGUGAGUUGGUAUGAUGAAUAUCUUAUCCUAAUAUCUCAAAUUCCAUCUCUGAUUCCAAACACAAAACCGAAAACCAUGCUAAAUGGUGCGAAAAUGAUAAAAAUUUAAUAUUCCUGAUGUGUAAGCAAAUUUCGUGCUAAAAAAAUGCUUGAUUAUCCAAUAAGACUUUAAAUGUUAGCUAUUAAGUUGUACCUACUAUCACUAAGGCUGUUCUUUAUUUCGAUAUUAUGUAAAUUUUUCAUAAUUUUUUUGACCUGAUUUGCUGUACUUUUAUCUAUCAUUUGCUGAUUACCUAAAUCGUUAAAUUUUACACAAAAACCUUUUAAGCUGUUUAACAUGAUAGUCGUUUGACAGCUAGUGAUCUGCCUUUCGACCAUGAUAUAAUUUUUAUUUCGGAUGGAAUUUUUUUUAAAAAAUAAAUAAUUAAAAAUUUGAAUGCUUUCGCUAUUCCAUCAAUAAUUGAACAUCAAUCAACAUGUCCUGAACCCGAUAAACAUAACAUAUUAAUGUUAAGUAUAGCUAUUAUAACCUUUAAUCCUUUCCAUAUUGCGCAAAUAUUGAAUAAUGAAAAAAAUAUAACGAAAUAAUUUUUAGUUUUGGAUGUGAUUUAGAGUAGAAGUCUCUAAUUACGCAAUUUUAAAUAUUUUUAUUUUUACUGACACAUUUAUCAUCAUAAACAACAUGAGUAUGUACGCGGCAAAC